AUGCCGUCCCCUUCCGCCUCCGCCAUCGCCACCCGCUUCGCGGCCCACUGGAUAGCUGACGCCCUCGCCGGCGACAAGUCCCUCGAGUUCUCCGUGCUCAAGGGUGAGGCUCCAAACCCUAACCUCCUCCGCCGUUCGCCUGGGCGCUUUCGGUCUCUCACCUGGUCUGCUUUAUUGGCUCGUUGGCGGUCCGCAGCGCUGGUGGGCUCCUCGUCGGAGGCCUUCGCGGGCGCCCCGGAGGCCACGCGCGAGCGGGUCGCGCUCCGGUGCCUGCAGGAGGUGUCUUCAGUGAUAGCCGCUGGGGGUGAGGCUGCGGCGACGGCGAGGGUGCUUAGGGUUGAUGGCGGCGCCCGGUCGUGCGAGGAUGUGCUGUUUCGGCUUAUCAGAGAGGUUGGAAGUUCUGGAAAAUUGAAGAAGGAUUUGCUUCCACCUUUCAGUCAAGACAUCCAGGAAACUAUAUGUACCAAGAAACUUACAUUACCAGAAACUUCUUUUCAGCUAAAAGGAGUUUAA